AUGGAUGACACUGGAAGACAAGAACUCAUUCGGAGAGCCCACCUGGCUAAAGAGUCUGCCUACUGUCCAUACAGCAAGUUUCGAGUAGGAGCAGCCGUUGUAACUCAUGAUGGAAAGAUUUAUACAGGGUGUAAUGUAGAAAACGCAAGUUACGGCCUUUCAAUCUGUGCUGAAAGGACUGCUAUAUCAAAGGCUGUAUCUGAUGGGUACAAACAAUUCAAAGCCAUUGCUAUUGCAAGUGACCUGAAGGAUUGUCACAUUUCUCCAUGUGGAGCUUGUCGGCAGUUUAUGAGAGAGUUUGGUUUGCACUGGGAGGUUUACCUAACUAAGCUGAAUGGGGACCAUCAACAGAUGACAGUGGAGAACCUUCUUCCACUCUCCUUUGAGCCAGACAAUUUAGGGGGAAUGAACUAG